GCGUGUUGGACUUUUGGUGAGGAGUACGCAGAAAAUCUACGAGGCGGGUCUCAUCCUCGCCAUGAGCGCCUCUCCAGUCGCGGAGCCGAAUACAGCUUCUGAGCACGCGCGGGAAGGCGACGUAGCUCGAGAAGACGCUGCGGCCUCUCGUGACAGCAACGUGCACGCGGAGCCGGUGGCACCACAGGGGCCUUCGCACACCGUUAAGGCAAGAAGUUUAGCUGCCGGCCAGGUGAAUCGAAUUGUGGAGGACGCCCUCCCGGAAGGGAUCUCGGUGUCCCGCGACGCACGUGUUGCCUUGCAGAAGUGUGCCACCAUCUCGCUGCUGUACCUGGCGUGCCUGGCUGACGCAGAACGCAAAGCGGCCGGCUCGUCCCGCACGACGCUGAACGUGCAAGACAUACGAGCCGCACUCGAGGCGGCGGGUAUGGCGCACCUGGUGCCGCUCAUGACGACUGCCCCCAAGCGUUCGCGUGAUUAA